AUGACUACCGUGAACGUCGACCAGUCCCCGAUUAACAGGAAUGUCCUACAGCAGACAGCUGCGAAGAUCGGGGUCAAGGUUCCCGAGGACCAGGAGGCGGCGUUUGUUACUAUGUUAGCCAGUGCGCGGGAGGCCAUGGAGCAGGUUAUAGAGAUGGACGACUUCAUGCCCGUGCCAGAUACAACGAAGUAUCCUCGAAUUGAUAUGCAUGCGCCAUCGCCGGAGGAUAACUCGUACAAUGCGUGGGCUACGAAGGUAACCGUGCAGAACAACAACCAAGACGAGGCUGCAGCCGGUAUUCUUUCAGGCAAGCGUGUUGUACUGAAGGACAACAUCUGUCUCGCAGGGGUGCCAUGUUACUUUGGCACGGACGUCUUUACUGACUGGGUUCCGACUACGGAUGCAAUAGUAGUCACUCGCGUCCUAGAGGCCGGAGGAAUCAUCACAGGAAAGGCAACCUGUGAGAAUUUCUGCGCAUAUGCCAUCUCCAAUUCCUCCAGACACGGCCCAGUCGGCAACCCAUACGACAAGACGCGCUCGUCAGCCGGAUCCAGUUCUGGCUGCGGUGUCCUCCUCGCUAUCGGCGAAGCCGAUCUUGCCAUCGGCGGCGACCAAGGCGGGUCGAUCCGUCUCCCCGCCGCACACGUCGGCAUUGUGGGCCUAAAGCCGACCUUCGGGCUCGUGCCGUACACGGGCAUCGCCUCCAACGAGGUCUCCCUCGACCACACGGGCCCGAUGUCGCGCGACGUCCUCGACAACGCGCUUCUCCUCCGCGCGCUCGCAGGCGUCGAUGGCAUCGACGAUCGCCAGAUCGCCGGCACGCCCUCCUGUGCGCACGUACCUGACUACCCCGCGCUCCUCACCGCGGCGCGCGGUGCGCACGCACUGCUCGACGUCAGCGCACCCACGGCUGCAGGGAUCGCGGAACCCGGCGCAACGCGUAAGAUGCGGGUGGGGAUAUUGAGGGAGGGCGGGCUCAUACAGACGAUGGACCCGCGCCUGUUGGCGUGUGUGGAGUCCGCUGCGAAGAAGUUUGGGGAGCUCGGCGCGGAGGUCGUCGAGGUCAGCGUGCCCGGGCACCUCAAGGCUCCCUUGAUUGGGCGUGUGCAGAGAUUCUCUCAGUCUAACAAUCUGCUUGGGCGCGCGAGCGGGACGAGACAGCUGUACCUGACUGACUUCAUCGAGAAACUCCUGCCUUGGUCUCAGGAGAAAUUCAACAAGCUGUUCCCUGUUUCGGCAAAUAUCCUUCUAAACGGAUUGUAUGCCGACGAACACUUCCCGCAGUUGCACGGGAAGACACACAACCUCUUCCGCAAGCUGAGACUGGAAUACGAUGCUGCGCUGGCGAAGGUCGACAUUCUUGUGAUGCCCACCACGCCAUGGGUAGCGAAAGUGAUGCUACCGCGCGACGCGUCUCUGCUCGAGCACUUUGGCGACUACAACGGGUUGACGUUCAACACCCAGCCGUUCAACAACACAGGCCACCCUGCACUUUCGAUCCCGUGCGGGAUGAUCUCCCCGCUAGAAGGUCCCGAGACACUGCGCCUGCCCGUCGGGAUGCAGCUCGUCGGCAAGUACUGGGACGAGUUGACACUCUACAAGGCUGCGCUCGCAUGGAGCGACGCGUUCAACUGGAAGGAGCUGUGA